AUGCCCGGAUAUCCUUUGCUGGAAACCCUCGGGGUUAAGCCUCACUUGCUCGUCCUCAACAAAAUGGACUUGGCGGAUCUGACGGAGAAGCAGAAAAUUUUACAACACUUGGAAAGAGAAGGCCUAAAAAACGUCAUUUUUACCAACUGUGUCAAGGAUGAAAACAUCAAGCAGGUCGUCCCAGUGGUCACGGAGUUGAUUGGAAACAGCUACCGCUACAACCGCGGAGAGAAUAUGGAAUUCUGCAUCAUGGUGAUUGGCGUCCCCAACGUGGGCAAGUCCUCGCUCAUCAACUCGCUCAGGAGACAGCACCUCAAGAAAGGAAAAGCCACCAGGGUGGGCGGUGAGCCUGGGAUCACUAGAGCUGUGAUGUCCAGAAUUCAGGUGAGUGAGCAGCCGCUGAUGUUCCUGCUGGACACGCCUGGAGUGCUGGCUCCUCGGAUUGAGAGCGUGGAGACGGGCCUGAAGCUGGCCCUCUGUGGAACCGUGUUGGACCACCUGGUUGGGGAGGAGACUCUGGCCGACUACCUUCUCUACACCCUCAACAGGCACCAGCUCUUUGGGUACGUGCAGCGCUACGGCCUGGGUGAGGCCUGCGAUGACGUGGCAAGUGUGCUGAAGCGCGUGGCCAUCAAGCUGAGGAAGACGCAGAAGGUGAAGGUGCUCACGGGCACAGGCAACGUGAACAUCAUCCAGCCCAACUACUCGGCGGCAGCCCGUGACUUCCUCCGGACCUUCCGCAGCGGGCUGCUGGGCCCCGUGAUGCUGGACCGGGACAUCCUGCAGGGCCUCCCCACCGCAGACCCCAGCCAGGCUCUAGGCCCCGGAGACGCGUAG